CCUAAAUCUCUAACUUAUCUUGACUACCGUAUCUUUUCACUACCAUGAAUCACAUGUUAUUCACGGCAAAUUGAUGCGCUCUCGCUCGCGCUCGCUCGCAGGUGGGGCUGGGCGUGUACGAAUUGAUGAAGCCGCUGCGCACGUGGCGCUGGGGCAAGCUGCUGGCGGGCCCGCCGCCGCCCGCACUGGAGGAGGAGGAGCCGCCGCCGCCGGCCGCGCCGACGGAGAAGGCCCGCCAGGCUGCCGCCAACGCCGUCAGAGGCAUGCGCACCUACCUCUCCUCCCUGCUCGCGCCCUGCUUCGGAACGCGCGGGGGGGAGGGGGAGGAGGAGGAGGAAGGGGGGAGGCGCGGCCAGGCUUACGCCUAUCAAGGCGGCGGCAACGGGAGACGAGGAGGCGGCGGCGGGAGGGGCGGCGGCGGCGGUGGUGGGAGAGGCGGCGGGUACGGUGGGGAGGCUAUGGACGACGAGGCAGGCGGGUUCUACGGCACAGGCGGCGGCGGCGGCGGCAAGGCUGGCGGCGGCGGCAAGGCAAGCCGCGGUGGCGGCGGCGCCGCCGCCGCUAACGGCGCCAUUCGGGCGGGGCGCGGCGGCGGCUCCCCUGGCGGCGGCGGCGGCGGCGGCGGCGGACACAUUCAGAGCACCGCCUCCUCCUCCGUCGCCUCCGUUGGCACCAGUCGCACAGUUGGGCGGUACGCGGGCAAGGGCGCGGUGGGCGACGGCGGCGGCGGCGGCGGCAAGACAUCUGGCGGCGGCGGCGGCGGCGGCGGCGUGGCGAGGGCCAGCCGCAAGUUUGGGAACCCGGCGAUGGCGACGGCGCUUACACGCAAGCUGAGCAAGUCGCGCACGUGGGACAAGGGAUAGAGGGGAGGGGAGGAAUGGUGGGAGGGUUGGCGGGAAGUGGCGGAGGGGAAGGAGGAGGUUGAGGGGGGGGGCGGGGUGUUAUAGGGCUAGGCACACAUGAGUUGGGAUCAAGUGGGUUGUUAAGGGUAGGACGAACGUGUGAUGGUGUAGGUUUUGGCUGCAUGUGAAAGAGUCAGCGAGAGCAGUGCAGGUGCAGGGGCGGGUAGCUUGCGAUGGAGCACGGGUGUAGUGAUCAAUCAGGGCAACUUCUGUUUUACAUUAGAGCGUUAUGUCUCACUUUCCUUACUUGAGUCAGUCUAGCUUCCCAUCGUGCAUUAAGUUAUAUAAAUUGCGGAACUGGUGCUACUCAUACUGCAUCUUGCUGUUGCACAUACAUUGUAUUGAGUGGAACGGACGACUGCCGAAUGACCAGUGGCCGCGGCGGCGAUGCCUUUAGUCAUGGGACCUUACUUGAGUCCCCGGUCGCAUGACGACAUUUCCUUACACAAGGAGAGAUGACAUGGGUAGACGCUUGCGGCCUCAGACUGGAGCCUUGCGAAAACCACCUGUAUUGUCUUACACGAGGACUUGAUUGUCCGACCCCGGUGAGCAGUCACAAAUAUUGCCUCGCCCUACCUGCGUGAUUGCUUGAGCAGUAGUGCGGACGUGUGGGGACGCAAGUGCCAUGGAAAGCAGAUAGGCGUGGCGGAAAGGCUUGGCAGUCGUUUUGAUGAGCAGCAUGUGUUGUUGAUCAUUGCCGUAGUCUGCGGCGGGUGCAUGGGGCGUGCGUAAAUGUCUGUGAAUGGGCAGGUCAGGGGCGGGCCGGGUGUGUGCGAUGCGUGCCCCGUUGCGUGUGAGGGCGCUGCCGUGUGUGGUGGCCGGCUGGGUUGUGCCUGCUGGACCGGAGGUAUGCGGCACCACCGGCGUACAUGCAUCGCCAUGUCUGCAAUAUGGUAAACGUGUCGCCGCCGCUUGUCCAGUGGUCUUACACGUAAUUACGCGUCUCUCUGAGAAUGGUGGAAGCAAAGGGGGGCGGGGAAGGGCAGAGGUGGGCACAGGCAAGGCACACCAGCAGACGGCACAGGGUGUAUGUGCGAUGGGACAGUUUUAAGGCAGCAGGUUGGUGGAGUUUCGUAGGGUGCAGCGGAUUCCCUAGCUGCCGAAUUCAUAGGACAAGCAAGAGUGUGCGAUGGGACAGUAGUGUUAAGGCAGGUUGGUGAAGUUGCGUAGGGUGCAGCUGAUUCCCAUGCCGCAGCCGGCGGCACAGGGCAAAGGCUGGCAGCCACGCCCCCUGCUUGCUGAAUGCCAAUUGAGCGGCCGGCCGCUGGCUUGGCUGAGCUGGCAUGCUUUUCCAUCGGCGAUUCUCCCGCGCCAUUUAAGCGUCAAUCUUACA